AACAUCUGUGCCUUUGCACUGGGCUUCACUGCUGUGGAAGCCAUCGAGUGGGGCCUUUUGUUUUAGUGUAAACUAGGAAAUGGCUUUGGAAGGCUGAGUCCGCUGGGACAGGAGAGAUUGUUCGUGCUUUCUGCUUCUCCCACAGACCUGUGUCAAAGGAUGUGUCAGAUCUGGAGCAGCUUCUUCAAGGGAGCAUUCUAAAGAGGCAUUUGCUUUUACCUGUUUUCAGGAUGGACCAUUGGGAGAUGUAACUCGUGGACCCCUCUGCCUGCAGGGACCAGUAGCUGACGCAAGGGCCUGAAGGAUCUGAGCCAUGCCUCCUCGGAAACGAAGCGGGCGAGGGAUCUCCUUCAUCUUCUGCUGCUUCAAGGGCAGCGACCACCCUGAGAUCACCUACCGCCUCCGCCAUGACAGCAGCUUCGCCCUGCAGACCAUGGAGCCGGCCUGGCCCAUGCCCCCCCCGGAGGAGCUGGAUGCCAUGUUCUCCGAGCUUGUGGAUGAGCUUGACCUCACGGACAAGCACAGGGAGGCCAUGUUUGCCCUACCAGCAGAGAAGAAGUGGCAGAUAUACUGCAGCAAGAAGAAGGAUCAAGAGGAAAAUAAAGGUGCAACCAGCUGGCCUGAAUAUUAUAUUGACCAACUGAACUCCAUGGCUGCUAGGAAAACCCUCCUGGCCCUGGAGAAAGAAGAUGAAGAGGAGAGAAAUAAAACAAUUGAGAGCCUGAAAACAGCUCUCCGAACACAGCCCAUGAGGUUUGUCACCAGAUUCAUUGACUUGGAUGGCUUAACGUGUAUUCUUAAUUUUCUGAAAAGCAUGGACUAUGAGACCACAGAGUCUCAGAUACAUACCUCACUGAUAGGAUGCAUCAAGGCACUUAUGAACAACUCUCAGGGCCGGGCGCAUGUACUGUCCCACUCGGAGAGCAUCAACAUCAUUGCUCAGAGCCUCAGUACGGAGAAUAUCAAGACCAAAGUGGCAGUGCUGGAAAUCAUGGGAGCUGUUUGCUUAGUGCCAGGAGGCCACAAGAAGAUUCUUGAGGCCAUGCUACACUAUCAGAAGUUUGCCUGUGAGAGGACACGCUUUCAGACAUUACUGAAUGAUCUGGACCGAAGUACAGGGCGAUACAGGGAUGAGGUGAACCUGAAAACUGCAAUCAUGUCAUUUAUCAACGCUGUUCUCAGUCAAGGAGCUGGAGAAGACAGCCUCGAAUUCCGAGUGCAUCUCCGAUAUGAGUUUCUCAUGUUGGGAAUCCAGCCUGUGAUAGACAAACUGCGGUCACACGAGAACUCCACGUUAGAUCGGCACUUGGAUUACUUUGAAAUGCUGAGAAAUGAUGACGAGCUGAUGUUGGCAAAACGAUUUGAAACGGUGCAUAUCGAUACUAAGAGUGCUACCCAGAUGUUUGACCUAAUUAGAAAGAAGAUGAACCACACAGAAGCAUUUCCACACUUCAUGUCCAUUUUACAUCACUGUCUCCUAAUGCCUUAUAAGAGAAGUGGAGUCACAGUCCACUACUGGCUGCUCCUCGACCGCAUCGUCCAGCAGAUCGUCCUGCAGAACGACAAGGGCCAGGAUCCGGACGCCACGCCUUUAGAGAACUUCAACGUAAAGAACGUUGUUCGAAUGCUGGUCAAUGAAAAUGAAGUCAAGCAGUGGAAAGAGCAGGCAGAAAAGAUGAGAAAAGAGCACAAUGAGCUGCAACAGAAACUGGAGAAGAAGGAGAGGGAGUGUGAUGCCAAGACCCAGGAGAAAGAAGAGAUGAUGCAGACCCUCAAUAAAAUGAAAGAGAAGCUGGAAAAGGAAACCAGUGAACACAGACAGGCCAAACAGCAACUGUCAGAGCUCUCCACACAACUCCAGGACCUCAGCACUAGGCAAAGCUCCGCCAUCCCUGGGGGCCCUCCUCUCCCGACAGGGGCCCCAGGGGGUCCCAUCCCUCCCCCUCCUCUUCCGUGCGGUAUGCCCCCGCCCCCGCCCCCCCCUCCUGGGGGCAUGCCGCCGCCCCCCCCUCCGCCCCCGGGUGGGCCCCCUCCCCCUCCCGGACCCCCACCCCUGGGAGGGGCUCCUCCUCCUCCGGGGGCCCCUCUGGGACCGGCCCUGAAGAAGAAGAACAUCCCACAGCCGGCCAACCCCCUCAAGUCAUUCAACUGGGCCAAGCUGGCUGAGAACAAACUGGAGGGUACCGUGUGGACUGAGGUUGAUGAUGUAAAGGUUUUCAAAGUGCUGGACCUUGAGGACAUUGAAAGGACAUUCUCUGCUUACCAGAGGCAGCAGGACUUCUUUAUGAACAAUAACAGCAAACAGAAAGAGAUGGAUGAUGAUUCCUUGAGCUCCAAAAAAGUCAAGGAACUGUCUGUCAUCGAUGGCAGGAGAGCCCAGAACUGUAAUAUUCUUCUUUCACGUUUGAAGCUGUCUAACGAUGAAAUCAAGAGGGCCAUUCUGACUAUGGAUGAGCAGGAGGAUCUCCCCAAGGACAUGCUUGAACAGCUCUUGAAGUUUAUUCCUGAAAAAAGCGAUGUGGACCUCCUGGAGGAGCACAAGCAUGAGCUCGACCGCAUGGCGAGAGCUGAUCGCUUCCUUUACGAAAUGAGCAGAAUAAACCACUACCAGCAGAGGCUGCAGUCUCUGUAUUUCAAAAAGAAGUUUGCCGAGAGAGUGGGGGAAGUCAAGCCCAAAGUCGAAGCUCUCAUUAGGGCCUCUAAGGAGGUUCUGCACAGCAGAAACGUGAGACAGCUGCUGGAGGUGGUGCUGGCGUUUGGGAACUACAUGAACAAAGGGCAGCGAGGCAAUGCCUACGGGUUCAAGGUGUCCUCGCUGAACAAGAUUGCUGACACAAAGUCCAGCAUCGACAAAAAUAUUACUCUCCUGCACUACCUGAUCACAGUCCUAGAAAAGAAGUACCCCAAAGUUGCGCUGUUCCAUGAGGAUCUGCAGAAUGUACCAGAGGCUGCAAAAGUCAACAUGACAGAACUGGAGAAAGACAUCAACAAUCUGCGCAGUGGCUUGAAGAAUGUGGAGAGCGAGCUCGAUUUCCAGAAACAAAGGCCUCAAGAGUCAGGAGACAAGUUUGUCCAGGUUGUCAGCCAGUUCAUCACUGUGGCCAGUUUCAGUUUCUCUGAUGUUGAGGAUUCACUCCAAGAAGCCAAAGAGCUGUUUUGCAAAGCAGUAAAGCACUUUGGUGAGGACGCCAGCAAGAUGCAGCCCGAUGAGUUCUUUGGGAUCUUUGAUCAGUUCCUCCAGGCAUUUGCGGAAGCCAAGCAGGAGAACGAGAACAUACGUCGCAGGAAGGAGGAGGAGGAACGCAGGGCCCGCAUGGAGGCACAGGUGAGAGGAGCAGAGAGCACCCCUCCUGUCCGAAACACCGCUUCACUCCGCCAGUGUGGUCGUAUCCUGUUCGACGACCUGGUGUCGGCGCUGCGCUCGGGGGAGGUGUUCGACAAGGACCUCUCCAAGAUGAAGCGGAACCGGAAGCGCAUCAACAGCCAAGCGACGGAGACGAGCCGCGAGCGGCCCAUCACCAAGCUGAACUUCUGAGCGGCACGCGCGCAGAGCCGCCUCCGCCGCCCCCUCGCCGGCGCGCGGGGGGCAGCCCUGGCUCCAGCCGCUCAUCCCGGUGGCCGGCUCCUUCUGUAGCCGACUCUCUGUGUCUGUCUCCCUCGGCUCAAACCUGAAAAACUCAAGAGAAAAAAAAAGCCAAUUUUCUGGUGCCGAAGCACAAUAGUGUCUGUCUGGAAACAGAUUGCGAAAGAAACAUUCCCUUCAGUGAAGAAUGCGGACAGUAAGCAAAAACCAAACUAGGACUCGAAAUGAAAUGAGUCACUGGUUUUCAAGUACCAUCGGCCUGUAGCUGCCAAAAUAUUUUUUUCCUUUAGACUGUGGACAUGACGGUGAAACUGUGGCGCUGGUGCACCAUGGAUGAAGGUUAUUAGAAUUAGUCUUGAAAGCAGAACUUCAGAUCCAGUAUCCUCUUCGAAGUGUGUGAAGAGGUCCACAUUAAUGGAGCUUUUGCUGAACUAAUGCCGUUCUUAACCACAGGGGACACUGGGAGUAUCCCUAUAUGUUUUUUUUUUUUGUUCCAGGAACUUUUACCUUCCUUUGUACACGCAGAAAAGGAAGAUAAAAUCUGGACAAGCUUUGCCCUUUUAAUGUCUGCAGUGUUGGUCAUGAUGGAGAGAAUGAAAAAGCAUGUUUAUUUCAGCUGCAUUCCCCAGGAUUGUCAUGCUUUCGUAGAAAACACUCCAUGCCGUCUUGACUGGCAGGCUGUAUUUCCAUAGUUGAAAAGUAGGAUUCCCAUUCCGCAUUCUGCAUUAGACAUGUAAUGGAUAUAUGCUGGAUUUUUAAGAUAUGACUUGAGAAAGAAAAAAAUCUAUUCCUGGCAAUAAAAUGUAAUUAGAAUGAAGCAUUUAUUUUAUUCCCCCCCGCCCCAAAAAAAAAAAGAAAGAGCAAAGUUAAAAAACAUUACAUCGUUUUAAAAAAAAGAAUUUCCUUGGGAAAUGAGCAGUCUUUUACUGGGAGCUGGCUGAUUAUUUGAUUGCCAUAUAACCCUAGAGAGGAGUUUGAGCAAGUUGUGAAAUAUUUUGCGUUUUGGAGCACUUCCACUGAUGGAUCUGAAUCGACUCCUUUGAUAGGUUUUCUAAAUUUCAGGACAGCUGCAUUAAAAUACACUGUGGAUGAAAACUUCUAUGCACCAAAAAAAGGUAUUCUUUUCUAGUUGGCUAACAAAAUUUACAUUAAAAAAGCCUUUGAUGCGAAAUGUAAAAUAGGCAAUAUCUCAUUUUUCAGCAUCGUCAGUCAGUGAGUGCUCCCUUGAAUAAAGAAAAUGUUUUUAUUAGCCUCCUUUUCAUGUGUGAUAAGAUUUCCUUUAUAUGUGGGUUCCUUCUAUAUGAUUUUUUAUUUAAAACUGCCUUUUAAUGUAAGAUAGAUCUUAACUGAAUAAAGACUGUUGGAGGUGUU